AUGGCCCCAAUCCAGAGCAAAGUGCACAUCAACGUCGAUCUGGGCGAAGCAUACGGCAACUACAAAUGCGGACCCGACGAUGAACUCAUCCCUCUGAUCGACCAUGCAAACAUAGCCUGUGGCUUCCACGCCGGCGAUCCGCUCAUAAUGCAACAAACCGUCGAAAAAUGCAAACAACACAACAUCAAAGUCGGCGCCCACCCAGGUCUCCCAGACAUCCAAGGUUUCGGCCGCCGUGAAAUCAAAAUGUCCCCCGAAGAAUUAACAGCAAUGGUUCGCUAUCAAGUCGGCGCCCUCCAAGCCUUCCUCACAGCCGCAAAUGUUCCCCUAAACCACGUAAAACCCCACGGAGUUUUAUACGGAAUGAUGUACCGCGACAUGGAAAUCUGUCGCGCCGUAUACGCCGGAGUCCCCACAGGCACACGUGUGUUCGGCUUGGCGGGCACAUGUCAAGAGCAAGUUGCCAAAGAAAUGGGCUUGCCAUUCACAGCAGAACUAUACGGCGACGUAAAAUACAACUCCGACAACACGUUAGUAAUAGACCGGAAGAAGAAACCCUGGACGCCAGAAGAAACGCAGACACACGUCAGGUCGCAGAUCGAGACUUCGAGUGUGGUUACUGUGACGGGUGAAACGAUUGAUUUACCGGUUGGGGACCAUGAAGUGAGUAUGUGUUGUCAUUCGGAUAGUCCGGGAGCUUUAGAGAUUGUGCAAACGGCGAGGAAGAUGGUUGAUGAGUUCAAUAAGAAAAUGGGAUACUGA